GCCAACAGCAACUGCAGCUGCGGAGCGAUAGCCGCUGCCUCCUCGAGACGAAGAAGAAGAAGAAGAAGGGCAAGGAGGACCGGAGGAGACGAAGAUGAGCGCGGCGAUCGGUGCCGGGAAGGCCGUGUGCGUCACCGGAGCGUCCGGCUACAUCGCCUCGUGGCUCGUCAAGCUCCUCCUGCAGCGCGGCUACACCGUCAAGGCCUCCGUUCGCGAUCCCAAUGAUCCAAAAAAGACUGAACAUCUGCUUGCACUUGAUGGAGCGAAGGAGAGACUUCAACUGUUCAAAGCAAACCUGCUGGAAGAGGGUUCAUUUGAUCCUAUUGUUGAGGGUUGUGCAGGCGUUUUUCACACUGCCUCGCCCUUUUAUCAUGAUGUCAAGGAUCCGCAGGCAGAAUUACUUGAUCCUGCUGUGAAGGGAACUCUUAAUGUCCUGAAGUCAUGUUCCAAAGCACCUUCUGUGCAGCGUGUGGUCUUGACAUCGUCUAUGGCUGCAGUUGCAUACAAUGCGAAACCGCGGACACCUGAUGUCGUGGUGGAUGAAAGUUGGUUUUCUGAUCCAGACUUGUGCAGGCAAACCAACGCGUGGUAUGUGCUCUCCAAGACUUUGGCUGAGGAUGCUGCCUGGAAAUUUGUGAAAGAAAAGGGCAUUGACAUGGUUACAAUCAACCCAGCUAUGGUGAUUGGUCCUCUUUUGCAGCCAACACUUAACACAAGUGCUGCGGUGGUUGCAAAUUUGAUCAAUGGUGCACCAACUUUUCCAAAUUUAAGUUUUGGAUGGGUCAAUGUCAAAGAUGUUGCAAGUGCUCAUGUACUGGCAUUUGAGGUCCCAUCAGCCAGUGGAAGAUAUUGUUUAGUUGAGAGGGUUGCACACUACUCCGAGCUUGUGAGGAUCUUACGCGAGCUUUACCCUUCUCCCCAGCUUCCAGAAAAGUCUGCGGACGACAAGCCUUUCGUGCCGAUCUAUCAGGUGUCCAGGGAGAAAGUGAAAAGCUUGGGGAUCGAUUACAUUCCGCUGGAGCAGAAUUUGAAGGAAACUGUGGAAAGCCUGAAGGAGAAGGGAUUUGUUAAAGUCUGAUAGAAAAUUUUCCCUGGUCAAACAUGUGAAUGGGAGGCUUUUCCCCUACUCGCUGUUUCUUCCCAUGAAGUGUGCGUUUGCAUAUGAACAUUGGUAAAGGCAGGAAUCAUGAAUCUUCCUGCUCCUCUGUCCUCAUCUUCGUAAUAAUAAAACAAUGAAAUACCCGUC